AUGGAGCGCGGCGCGGCGGCGCUGAUUCGCGAGGGCUGGUUCCGCGAGACGUGCCGGCUGUGGCCGGGCCAGGCCAUGUCGCUGCAGGUGGAGGAGCUCCUGCACCACCAGCGCUCCCGCUACCAGGAGAUCCUCGUCUUCCGCAGCACCACCUACGGCAACGUCCUCGUCUUGGACGGGGUGAUCCAAUGCACGGAGCGGGACGAGUUCUCGUACCAGGAGAUGAUCGCCAACCUGCCGCUCUGCAGCCAUCCCGACCCCCGCAAGGUGCUCAUCAUCGGCGGCGGCGACGGCGGAGUGCUGCGCGAGGUGGUGAAGCACCCCACCGUGGAGUCCGUGGUGCAGUGCGAGAUCGAUGAGGAUGUGAUCCAGGUGUCUAAGAAAUAUCUCCCUGGGAUGGCAGUCGGGUAUUCCAGUGCUAAACUGACCCUGCACGUCGGAGAUGGUUUUGAGUUCAUGAAACAGAAUCAGGAAGCCUUUGAUGUGAUUAUCACGGACUCAUCUGACCCCAUGGGUCCUGCAGAAAGCUUAUUCAAAGAAUCCUACUACCAGCUGAUGAAGACAGCACUGCGCGAAGAUGGGAUUCUCUGCUGCCAAGGUGAGUGCCAGUGGCUGCACCUGGAUCUCAUUAAGGAGAUGCGUCAGUUCUGCAAGUCUCUGUUCCCUGUUGUGGAAUACGCCUAUUGCACCAUCCCUACGUACCCCAGCGGGCAGAUUGGCUUCAUGCUCUGCAGCAAGAACCCAAACACAAAUUUCCGAGAGCCUGUGCAGCAACUCUCACAGCAACAAGUAGAGGAGAGGAGUCUGAAAUACUACAACUCUGACAUUCACCGGGCAGCUUUCAUCCUGCCAGAGUUUGCACGGAAGGCCCUGAGCGAUGUGUGAGACCGAGAAGCUCCUUCCUCCUUUCAAGUUGGACCCUGAGAUCAUCAGUGAUGUGGGGACCUUCCUAGCAGACUACAGAUUUGCUCUCCACUGUGUGGGAUCGUUUAACCCCUUGCCAGCCAACAUUCCCUUUGAUGUGUCAUAACCCAGAUAAGACUAUUGAAAAGGUCCAGUGACUUAUUGCGUGAGGUCAAAACUGUUGUUUGCAGUACUGGAAAUGUAAGAUGUCUUCUUCCUUCCUCUCCUCCCUUUACCCAUUCUAAAUUUGCCUCCACCCAACUGACAACGAUAUAUUUAUAACUGACGUGUAUUUCUGUCUGGUGAUCUUCUGAAACUUGGGAAGAGUCCAGGAGGUUCACUGACUCGGCCUUAAGCACAGAGAGCGAGAGCUUUGUGCACAGUUAGCUUGCUCUCUCCUAAUAGAAGCUCCCUGCUGCUGAGACAUUUUGACUGGUAACGGGUCUGAGCCUUCACAUCCCACUGCCCUGCUGUGAUGCCUGUGCUGUUCUGCAGCACAGCUGGAGAAAUCACAGUGCAAACUGUUGCCAUUCACAAUAAGUCUCCCUCCAACCCUGAUGGAGUAGCAGUAUUAAACGCCAGCAUGCCAGGCUGGCAGCAAAGUCUUGUGGCUUUUAUUUUAAUUUUUUUUUCAAUUGGUUGGAAACAGAAAUGCUGAGGUUCUGACAGGCUGACUCCUGUUCUUACCCCUGCCAUCAAAAUGGUUCCAAAGAAUGUUUAUCAAUCAGGUGAUAGGCGCUUUAUAUAUAAAAAUAUAAAUAUAAAUAUAUAUAUAAAAAAAAAUCAAACCUUAGAUCCAUUGCCUGCUGUUCAGUACUGAUGCUGGGGAGGCAGUUGUGCUGAUAAAUCUCAUCUCAGUCCUGCUGAGGUGCCUCAGGCCUGGGUAUUUGCUAGUCGUUAGGAGGCAUCAUUACUUCUAAUGCUGCCCCCAGAAGUGUAAAGCUGUUUCUCGUUUUACUGUGUUGUGAGAUGGAUCUUCCUCCACAUCUACUUCUGGGUUAAAGUCUCCGUGCCACCGCUGUGCAACAGGGAUCCGUUCCAGCACAACCACUGUGCAAUUGUCACUCCCUUGCAAUCAAUUAAACACUCGGCUCUGGUUAAGGUGA